AUGGAAGGAAGGAAACUAGGGACGAUUCUGAUUACCAACGACGAUGGUAUCGAUGCUCCUGGUUUACGAGCAUUGGUUCAGUCUCUCGUCGCCACCAAUCUUUUCAACCUUCAAGUUUGCGCUCCUGAGGGCGAGAAAUCAGCUGUUAGUCACAGCAUCACUUGGCUCCAUCCAAUAGCCGCUAGGCAGGUGAACAUCGACGGAGCAACCUCGUUUGCCGUUUCUGGGACUCCCGCUGAUUGUGCCUCGCUAGGGAUUUCCAAAACUCUCUUUCCCACAGUACCUGAUUUGGUAGUCAGUGGCAUAAACAAGGGUAGCAACUGCGGUUAUCACAUUGUUUACUCAGGCACUGUAGCUGGAGCCCGGGAGGCCUUCUUCAAUGAUAUACCCUCUAUCUCCAUUUCAUAUGACUGGGUUAACGGAGAGAGUAAUUUAAAUGACUUCACCCUUGCUGCACAAGUAUGCCUACCAGUCAUAAGUGCUGUACUGGUUGAGACAAAGAAUCCAAGCUACCCUAGAAAAUGUUUUUUGAAUGUAGAUGUGCCAAACAAUGUUACUAGCCAUAAGGGGUACAGGCUAACUAAGCAGGGUAAAAGUAUCAUCAAGAUGGGAUGGAGGCAAGUCACCACUGAAACAGCAGGACAAAAAAUGUCAUCUGAUAUGACCAAUACAGAUACAGAAAGACCAACGAAUUUUGACCUAUCAUCUGUAUCACCAGAACACCUUUUGUUUACGAGAGAGGUAAGAGGUUCUGUACUUGAUGACGAUGAUACAACAGACUACAGAUGUUUGAAGGAAGGAUAUAUCACUGUUACUCCUCUUGCUGCUCUCUCUCAUGCGGAGUUUAUGUGUUGCUUUGAUGGCAGUAUACUGCUUGCUUCAGUAGCUGCUUUUGCUUAUACAUUUUUAGCAAUCUUGCUUUGA